CUCACUGCACGGGGUCGCGCAGCAGCAGCAGCACCAGCACCAGAGAGGGAGGGGCCUGGGGCGUCCACCACCCCUUCUGCUGCUGCUCCUGCUCCUCUUGCUUUUUUCCUCUUCCUCCUCUUGCUGUGCGUGCGGUGCUGCUGGAGCUGCUAAUCCAGAGAGAGGGAGAGGAGAUGAGCAUCAUCGCGGCGAGGGGGGGCGCGGGCGGGCUAGUGGGCGCGUGGGGCGGGACAGGGAGGGCGGGCGCGGAGGCGCGAGCGCGACCUCGAGGCGUAGGCAGCACGCGUCCCUGCGACUGCGGAGCGGCGAGCUGGUGGUCUUGGGCCCGGGCGUCGUCGAGCAUCUGCGAGUCGCGGUGCAGCAGCAGCAGCAGCAGCUCGCAGGCCCCGAGGAGGAGGAGGAGUACGCGCAGCAGCAGCAGUGGUGGUGGUGCCGAUGCGAGCCUGAGGAUCGGCCAGGCAUGUCUCGGACGCUGCCGAUCUGGAGGCGAAUUGUUCCGGCUUAGAGCAGGGCGUCGUCGAGCGCCGAGCGUUGUUGCCGCUGCAGCUGCCGUCCCUCUGUCUGCCGCCGCUGCUGCUGCUGCUCGGGGCCUUGUGGACGAAUGUCCGCGAUUCCGGUAUGCCACUGAAAUUCGAAGCCGGCCUUCUGCUGCUUCCUGCGUCUUUGCGCUGGCCACAAUGCGCGGUCGAGGAGAUGGGUGGAAGCGCGCAGGAGCAGGUGCAGGAGGCGCUUUGGAGCAGCAAGCCCGGAAAAAUUCGUUCUCCCGCGGAGCUUUUGCCGAUGAUGACAACAUGAGCGGAGCACCACUGAUGAAUAAUGGGAAUUCUGAUAACAUUGUACCACCACCUGUCCACACGACAAAGUUGCUAACUCUUCCAACUAUUCUCACCUUGGCUCGAGUCGCCGCCGUGCCUGCUAUCCUUGCCGUCUUUUACUGCAAGGAGACCUGGGCUACUGCAGCUGGUGCAGCAAUAUUUAUAAUAGCUGCUAUUACAGAUUGGCUCGAUGGGUACCUUGCCCGAAAGAUGGGUUCUAGCUCUGCUUUCGGAGCCUUCCUGGAUCCCGUGGCCGACAAGUUAAUGGUAGCAGCAGCUCUAGUGCUGCUUUGUACAAGACCGCUGCCCAUGUCAGGAUUUGCAACCAUUCCGUGGUUGCUUCCCGUGCCUACUAUAGCAAUUAUUGGUCGAGAGAUUACCAUGUCAGCAGUAAGAGAAUGGGCAGCAGCUCAGGGUGCAGACGUGCUAAAGGCCGUCGCUGUAAAUAAUCUUGGAAAAAUCAAGACUGCAUCUCAAAUGAUUGCUAUCACAUUGUUGCUGGCCACUGGAGAUGGAGGGCUGGACUCGAAGAUCGCUAGCUAUUUGGGUAUCGCGCUUCUUUAUAUUGCCGCGGGUCUUGCAUUAUGGUCACUGGCUCUGUACAUGAAGGGAAUUUGGGGUUUCUUAAGCAAGUGAAGAGAACCCAGUGGGAUUUGGAUUCUUGAUUUUUUUCUAUAUUCAAUCGUGUCGUUGCUCAU